GGUCGCUGUGUCCAUUUCUUUUACUGUCUAUGGGCGGAACUGGGACUACUACGCUGGACGAAGCGACACCAAAUAACCUAAUAUUUAGCCCCGGAGUGCUUUUUGCCUGUAGGAUCCCCGCCGGAAACCCCCUGGAAACGCGAUUGGGAUCGUUUAGAGUAGAAGUUGGGGGUUUGUUGUGACAACAUGACAAUCACUAUCAGCUCGAAACAGAAAGUAGUAGCUUUUUGGCUUUGUUAAAUCAGUAAGCCACAAUGUCCAUUAAUUACUCCCAGUCGAUAUAAUUUCUCUGCUGGCCUUUAAGUGACGUUUGUUAACAUUUCGCGCUGUCGCGUGGAUGUAGUUGAAACAACGAGUAUUAAUAAUAUCCGUCGAAAUCAGCUGGAAUCUUACACAUUAUGAAGAGCACGUACACACUCGUUCUAAGUUUGCUAAUAAUGUAUGGAGUGUUUGGUGUUGAAACAGAAGAAGUGAAGUCAGUGUCAGUGAUGGAGGGAGAUUCUGUCACUCUGAACCCUGAUCUUUCUAAAAUACAAGGAAUGGUCCUGCUUCUAUGGAGGUUUGGAGACAAAGGUUCCACCAUCGCUCAGAUUGAUGGAAAUGAUAUCAUAUAUGAAGAUUAUGAAGUAUUUAGAGGCAGACUGCAGCUGCAUCAGACUGGAUCUCUCACCAUCACAAACGUCAGAACCAAUCACUCUGGACUUUAUAAAGCAGAAGUCAGCCACAACACUGGAACCUCAUAUAUUAUGUUCAGGGUUACUGUCUAUGAGUCUCCGUCUGUUAUUGCUGGGGCUGAAACUGAAUUGAAGCUCAUGUCAGUGACGGAGGGAGAUCCUGUCACUUUUCAUGUUCCUCAAAUACAAGGAGAUGAGCUGAUAGUGUGGAGGUUUGGAGAUGAAGAAAAGCUCAUAGCUAAAGCUGAUAUAGAGACCAAGAGCUCAUCAUUAUAUGAUGAAACUGAUGAGAGAUUCAGAGACAGACUGAAGCUGGAUCAGACUGGAUCUCUGACCAUCACAAACACCAGAACCACAGACUCUGGAGAAUAUAAAGUGAAGAUCAGCAGCAACAAACAGACUUUAUACAAGAGAUUCACUGUUACUGUCAGUGAACCAGGUCUGUCUGGAGGUGUUGUAGCAGGGAUUAUUGUUGGUGUUGGUGUUCUCCUGGUGACUGCAGCUGUUGGUGCUUUUUUUUAUCGCCGCAAGAAAACUGAACUACAUAAUCAAAAGUCAAAAAUCUCUGAAACACUAAAUGAAACAUCGGUGAUCUCUGGAAAACUAAAGCUAAUGUCCGAGAUCUCCACACAACUAAAGCAAAUGACGGAGGACUGUGAAAAAGAAUUGUCUGAGAUAUCUGAACACCAUCAAACAUUGAAGAUCUCUGAAAAUCUAAAGGAAAUGUUGGAUAUAUCUGAACAACUAAAGCAAAUGUCGAAGGACUGUGAAAAAAAAUUGUCCCAGAUCUCUGAACGACUGAAGCAAAUGUCUCUGACAAAGAAAGGGGAGACCUCUGAACAGGAAACACGUACUGAUGUCACAAAAGAAGAUGCAACAAGAUCAGAGAUGGAGAAAGAUGAAAGGGAAAAGUUCAUUUUGGUUGAAGAUACUGCUUUAAGUCAAGCGAUUGGAGGGCCACCUGAUGCUGAUGGGAGAAUCAGAGAGAGACAGGGCAAGAGCCUUGUACUCCGUGACACUGGUACUGAACAUACUGCAGUUCUUUCCAUUUAAUAUUUUAAUGUAACAAGUGUUUCUUCAUUUAUACACUAGCGUACACGUGCGCUUUAGAAAGCUUCAUCUUUAUCCACCGUCUGCUCUGUUUAUAGAAUUCCAAAAGUCCAUCUGUACAGUGAUAAACAGGGAAAUAAUAUUCAAUUCUGCAGUAAAGCAGCUCUAAAAAUGAUUGAAAAGAAGUUCAAAUAUUCCGUCAUGUUUGCAAAGGUGAUUUACAUUAACUCCACCCAUUAGUGCCUGUUUGGGAUGAAUGCAAAAAAAAAAAAAAAAACACUUUAUCCAUAACAUCAGUGGCCUUGGGAGUAAGACACAAGACAAUAAAUGGUCAAGUUGAAAAUCAUUAAAUGCCUCAAAAGAUCAAUGUGAACUUUACUUUUAAGUUCAGACUUGAUCUCCAGAUCUUCUUUCUUUAAAAUGUCUGAUUGACUCUGUGUUUCCUUUUAUAAUCAACAUGAAAAGGAGUGAAUGUAGAAACAUCUGUUAUUAGUGGAACGAGAAACAGAAGAAGAGUUCAGUUUAUUGGUAUAGACAAGCACUUUGCUGUCUCCACUAUUAUUUUGUUGUUGUUGUUCCAUCUCUUUAGUUUUAUUUUCUACUAUGAAACAGCAGCCAGGGCCGAUGUUGCCACCUUGUGGAAUAACUGUUUAAUCUAAGACCAAGACCGUUUGCAUGACCAAGACACUAAGGCCCAAUCCCAAUUCUAUUUUAUACCCCUUCCCCUACCCCUCCGCCUACCCCUUCCCCUUGUCCCUUAAAACAGAGUGUCAAGGGGUAGGGGAGAAGAUAUUCCCCUAAGGAUUGGGACACCACUACCAUGACAUCACACGUCAUCAUCAUUCGUCAUCUAGCUCUUACAAUACACACAUAUACUGGUGUGCUGUUGUGCAUUAGAGCCUUUAAUUAUCAUUCUGUAUUAAUGAGCUGCUUACUGACACACUUGUCAAAAUUCUCUGUGCUGCCCCACAACUUUUAUUAAAUACAGUUUAAAUACUGAAUCGCUACAUUAUAUUUUCCAGUGACGAGAGGAUACAGUCGCUGUUUUUAAGUAAACUAACUCUAAAUAGAUCUCUCUCUCUCUCUCUCUCUCUCUCUCUCUCUAUUGAAUAGGCAAUAUUUGAGAAAAUGUUUUAGUGAUUUCUAAUUAUUGGGGGGAUUAGUUUACAGCAGUUAUCGCCCUGAUCAGACAUAUGCUGUGCCACUAUCAUGCAGUCUGUAAUAUGACGUUAGCAAAUAUUAGCGGUUUUUUGCAAACAUUUCUUUGCGUAAUAUGACCAUUAAUAUGAACUCACAAUUGAAUGUAACAUAAAACAAAUGAUUACUUGUCGUUAAAAUAUUUAUUUGUGCCAAAAAAGCUUACAUUUAUGUGUCUUAUUGUUCGCUGUAGCAGCCAUGUUGCCAAGAUAAUUCAUACCCCUUCGUAUGAAGUGUGGUCCCGAAAAAUCUUCGUUUUAAGGGCUAUCUGGCCCUUCCCCUUACCCCUACCCCUCCAACCAAAAGAAAAUCGAGACACCCCUACCCCUUCACGUGAAUGCGCGAAACGGAGGGGUGGGGGAAAGGGGAAGGGCUAAGGGGUAGAAUUGGGAUUGGGCCUAAAAAUAUUUUUUCUUCUUUUUUAGUUUGGGAGAUUUUUUUUAUUAUUUAAGGGUUAUUUUUGUUUUGUUGGCCAUUGGUGCGAUUGUUAAAUUAUUAUUAAAUUAAUGACAAUGUUCACAAACGCAUGAUUCUAUGUAUUAAAUAAAGCAAAUUGAGGCUUAA